GAGCGACACGAAGAGAAUCUUCAGUUGGGAAAUAAAUUAAACAAACGUUCGCACCAAUGCCAAGUAAAUGAAGAUGCCAACUGCCACUCGCCCUCUCCUACUUCUCUGCCCAAACCCACAAAAGACUCACUCCAGGAGAGCUGUCCGCUUCAACCUCCGAUAGAUCCACACUUCUCCAAACUCCCAACUCAAUCCUCACCCUCGUCUCUGAUCCAAUCUCCCUCUUUUUAUCUUCUAAUCAGAAAACAACCUCCCCUUCGAUUUUAAUCUGCAGAAAGAGAUUUAUCAAGGACUAGAGAGUAGUGACCCAGAAGGCAGAAGGGAAUAUCAUGGCGUCGGAGGAACGCCGGAGAGGAAAGAAGAAGAUGGCGAUCAGCCUCACCGGCGGCGGCGGCGGCGGCACUAUUGGAGGAGUCGUUGUGUGGGGCGGAGCGUUGGCUGCUGCAACUCUGAUAUCGGCUUUUGCAAUCAGUAGGAGGAGACCUACCGACAAAGACCCACCAAAUCCCCCUGUCGUAUCCAUGAAAUUGAAGCCAACAGAGGUUGAUUGCGCCGAGAGCGACAAAGGAAACCAAGGGCUUCGUUCUCUUCUUCAAAAUCCAUCGUCUGUGGAUCAAAAUUCAAGCCAAAAUAGCGAUGGAACAUCGAAGAUGCGCGAUACCCAGAUUGAGUACUCCAAGUUGGCGACGACUGAGAUUUUAAUCAGUGAAGAUCAAAAGCCCGAGCCUCAAGCCAAUGGAUGGGAGGAGAGCCUUUCCCUUGAUCAUCAGGAGAUUCUGUUCUCUGAUGAUGGUUCAGAGGAUACUGGGAUCGGCAGGGAGGAAUCAUCCUUGCCUGGUUCUUAUGUUGAUUCCCGUGUCAGGAGUGAUUCCUGCGAGGACACAUUGACAGAAGGCAAUGAAGUAGGGGCAAUGGGUGAAAUGCUUCAUCCAGUUGAUGCAACUUUGAUUUCAGAGCAAGGCAGGUCAUUUAGGCAAUUGAUUGUAGAGGAAGUGGUGGAUGAGGAGGGCAAUGCAGAAGGUGGUGGAGGAGGAGAUGGUGGUAAUGAAGAGGAGGACAACAUUGCAGAGGAAAGUUCAGAGGGUGAGGAUGCAUCUAUAGAAGAAGCCAUUGAAGAAGAGACAGAGAAUGACAGAUGUGAAACCGCUCAUGUAGGACUGUUGUUGGAAGACCAUAACCCAUUAAGGCAAUCCUUUGUUGUUAUUGAAGAAGAAGAAGAAGAAGAAGAGGAUGGUGAUGAUGAUGAGGAGGAGGAGGAGAUUGAAGAGGAAAGCGAAGAGGGUGAGAAUGAAUUUGUAGAAACUAGUGAGGAAGAAGAAGAAGAUGAUGAUGAGGAAGAUGAGGACAUUGAGGAGAAUGGGGAGAGCUCCGAAGAAACGCGGAGUUCCUCGGUGGAGUCUACUGCAGAGGCAAUUUGGCCAGCAGAAACAAUAGAGGAUUUGCCUAUGGAAUUCAAGAAAAUGAGGCCCCAUGUUCAGAGUCCAGCUGAGAAGAUUGAAGUGGAAGAAGAGAUGGUAGUCAAUGAAAUGACCAGAAAAUCAAUUAUGAGUCUGAACAAGAGGGAAACAGACGAGCUUGUAAGCACGCAGCUAGCAUACGCAGCCAAACUGAUGAUUCGGAAGGGGCCAAUGUUGGUGCUGAUGCUAAUGCUGGUGACGAUGCUUCUGCUUGCCCAUCAGAAAGCUAUGCAUGGUCACUUUCUUAAUCAUGGUGAAAGCUUUUUCUAGUUUCAUGGCGGCGGGGAUGAGGAAUUGUUAUAAACACAUGGGAGAUUCUCAUGCGCUCACGUUUACUGUUGGUCUACUUGUAAACAUUAAUAAUAAUAAUAAUAAUAAUAAUAAUGCUGGACAAUGUACCAGCCAAGUUUAAAAGAUA